CCACACAGAAGACUUAACUCUGUCUUCUAGCAUGGGGACCCUCUGGCACUUACAAUACAUUUUAAUUUUAUUCUGUAUUUCCGUGCUGAAUACCACAGGGAUCAAGCGAAGACCAACUGGUGGCUUGACAACAUGGGAUCCUGAAACAGCUUACCUCACCAGAUGUGAUUUUAACAACAACUCAAGACCAUUUUGUGACUGGACCCAACCUUGCAAUGCCAACCACGGAAUGUGGAUACGAACCAAGCAUGACACUCCAACUGGUGGAACGGGUCCUAGUGGAGACUAUCCUGAUGGAAAAGGCUAUUUCAUCUACCAAGAAGCAAGUAAUCUAAUCCCAUUCAACACUAACAGACUUGAGAGCCCAGAUACUCUAGUUUCUGAAAAAAUAUGCAUCGACUUCUGGUACUAUAUGUUUGGGUCAGAAGACAUGAAUGAGCUGAGAGUGCUUAUCCAAGACAGCACAGGGGAGUCUGUGGUGUGGAGUCGGAAGGGAAACCAGAGUUCCUUGUGGAACUAUGGUUCCAUCACUCAUGCUUUUCCAACACAGAGAACAAUAAAGGUCAUUUUUGAGGCUGUCCGAGGACUGACAGAGUACGGGGAUACAGCACUGGACAAUGUGAGAGUAAGGGAUGGAUCCUGUGGAGACUGCAAUUUCACCUGCACAUUCGACAAUGACUUCUGUGAGUGGGUCCAGGCAGAUUACAACAGCAUUGACUGGAUAAGGAACAAAGGUCCAACGCCCACGCAAAAUACCGGCCCCUCCUCUGACCACACAACAGGAGACGGCUACUACAUCUACCUGCAAGGGAGCAACGCCCUCCCCGGCUUUGUGGCUCACCUGAUCAGCCCGGUGUGCAGUUCCGAAGGACCACACUGCUUCCGCUUCUGGUAUCACAUGUACGGAGUGGCUGAAGCAAUGGCCCUGCGGGUGUAUGUGGCUAAGGGCGAAGAGCUAGUGCUGGUCUGGAGCAGUGCUGGGAACCAUGGGGACAGAUGGAUCUUGGGAGAGGUCACAGUGCACAGCACAGGAAACAUGCGGAUUGUCCUGGAGGGAGAAUGGGGUGAAGAUUUCCGGAGUGACGUAGCAUUGGAUGAUCUGUCCAUCGAAAAGGGAUCCUGCACAGGUACAAGGUCCAUCGACACCAAAACCCACCAUCCCCUUGCCAAGCACUACAACACAGCCUCCACGCACGCCGUCAACACCAAGACCCACACCGAGCUCAGGUCCGCUUCCUUCUACACCCUCGACCCCAUUGCCAGACACUACGACGGAGCCACCACGCACACCAGCAACACCACCACCUGGGACCACCUCAGAUCUCCACUAAUUCUGUCUCUUGGCAAAAGCAGUGGACCAGUCAUGGUGCUGAUGUUCUUUGUGCAAGGCGAUGUGACUCCGACACCACCAGACACCACCACCACCACCACCAAACCUUCAACAGGGCAUCCCACGCCACCACCCGUGCCAGACUCAGGGACCUGUGUGGUGGAGGGAGACCCUCACUACCACACGUUCGACAAGCAGCUACACCACUUCAUGGGCACCUGCACCUACACCCUCUCCAAGCUGUGCGAGAGCAACAGCUCGCUGCCCUACUUCAACGUGGAAGCGGCCAAUGAGCACAGGGGAAGCAACACGCGCGUGUCCUAUGUCCGAUACGUGGAUGUCGACGUGGCUGGCCAGCGGAUAAGGCUGGGGAAGGGUGGAGCAGUGACGGUCAACGGAGUGGCAGAGCUCCUGCCCUGCACCCCAUCCGUGGGCGUGCAGGUCUCAUCCAGCGGGUUCUACACUGUGGUCACGACAGACUUUGGCUUGAGAGUGAAGUUUGAUGGGAAGCAUCGGGUGGAGGUGACGCUUCCGAGCACCUUUGGGCAGAAGGUUUGUGGCAUGUGUGGGAACUACAACGGGAUGGCAGCAGAUGACUUCCUGAACCCGGAAGGGGUGAUGGAGCCAGACUCCACCAGCCUGGGCAACAGCUGGCAGGUGUCCAACGACAGCAGCUGCGCAGCCGGACCGCUCCCCACCCCAGCCUGCAAUGAGACGGACAAGCAAGUCAUUGCCAGCAGCCACUUCUGCGGGCUCCUCACUGACACCAGCGGCCCGUUUCAGAUGUGCCACGCUGUGGUGAGCCCCAGCGAUUACUUUAACACCUGCCUUUAUGACCUGUGUGAGCUGGGGCUGGAUCGCGAGGCCCUGUGCAAGAGCUUGCAGUCCUACGCGGACGCCUGCCAGUCGCUUGGUGUCAAGAUACCUGCGUGGAGGAACGCAACCUUCUGCCGUAGAGUCGCCGCCGUUCUUGUAGGCCUGGGCAGGGUUUCCUAUGCCAUCAGGGCUCCUUACUCACUGGGCCCUGGCGCCAUCGCAGUCAACGGUGCUCUGGCCUCCCUGCCUGCUUCUCCUGCCCCCGGUGUGACCAUUUCCCUGAGCGGCUCCUACGUGCGGGUUUCUACCAAGCUGGGCCUGCAGCUGCAGUUCAAUGGGGACCAUGAGCUCCUAGUGAAGGUGUCUGAGAAGCACAAGGGCAAGCUGUGUGGGCUGUGCGGGACGUACACUGGGAGCCAGCAGGACGACUUCAUGCGCCCCGAUGGGGUUGUCGUGCCCAACUUCAAUGACUUUGGAGACAGCUGGAUGGUGCCGGAUGAGGAGUGGGCGUGUCACCCAGGCCCCAUCCCGCCUGCCUCCUGCUCCCCCGAGGAGGAGGAGGCAGCUAGCAAGCAGUGUGCAAUCCUCACGCAACUCGGUGGCCCGUUCCAGCCAUGCCAUGCAGUUCUGCCGCCCAAGACGUACUUUGAGAGCUGUGUCUAUGACCAGUGUGCCACGGGUGGCAGCGCGGAGCAUCUCUGCAAUGACCUGGGGGCCUAUGCUGCAGCCUGUGCUGAGGCAGGCGUUGCUCUGGGAGACUGGAGUGCUGGCACUGUCUGUGGUAGGUGUUCUGUUGAUCUCCUUUGUGGCCCACGUUCAAGGAACGGGGCAGCUGUGGUGGAGGUUUCUCCGCGUGUCACCCAACCGCUCUGGUCCAUCGACACCAAAACCCACCAUCCCCUUGCCAAGCACUACAACACAGCCUCCACGCACGCCGUCAACACCAAGACCCACACCGAGCUCAGGUCCGCUUCCUUCUACACCCUCGACCCCAUUGCCAGACACUACGACGGAGCCACCACGCACACCAGCAACACCACCACCUGGGACCACCUCAGAUCUCCACUAAUUCUGUCUCUUGGCAAAAGCAGUGGACCAGUCAUGGUGCUGAUGUUCUUUGUGCAAGGCGAUGUGACUCCGACACCACCAGACACCACCACCACCACCACCAAACCUUCAACAGGGCAUCCCACGCCACCACCCGUGCCAGACUCAGGCGAUGUGACUCCGACACCACCAGACACCACCACCACCACCACCAAACCUUCAACAGGGCAUCCCACGCCACCACCCGUGCCAGACUCAGGGACCUGUGUGGUGGAGGGAGACCCUCACUACCACACGUUCGACAAGCAGCUACACCACUUCAUGGGCACCUGCACCUACACCCUCUCCAAGCUGUGCGAGAGCAACAGCUCGCUGCCCUACUUCAACGUGGAAGCGGCCAAUGAGCACAGGGGAAGCAACACGCGCGUGUCCUAUGUCCGAUACGUGGAUGUCGACGUGGCUGGCCAGCGGAUAAGGCUGGGGAAGGGUGGAGCAGUGACGGUCAACGGAGUGGCAGAGCUCCUGCCCUGCACCCCAUCCGUGGGCGUGCAGGUCUCAUCCAGCGGGUUCUACACUGUGGUCACGACAGACUUUGGCUUGAGAGUGAAGUUUGAUGGGAAGCAUCGGGUGGAGGUGACGCUUCCGAGCACCUUUGGGCAGAAGGUUUGUGGCAUGUGUGGGAACUACAACGGGAUGGCAGCAGAUGACUUCCUGAACCCGGAAGGGGUGAUGGAGCCAGACUCCACCAGCCUGGGCAACAGCUGGCAGGUGUCCAACGACAGCAGCUGCGCAGCCGGACCGCUCCCCACCCCAGCCUGCAAUGAGACGGACAAGCAAGUCAUUGCCAGCAGCCACUUCUGCGGGCUCCUCACUGACACCAGCGGCCCGUUUCAGAUGUGCCACGCUGUGGUGAGCCCCAGCGAUUACUUUAACACCUGCCUUUAUGACCUGUGUGAGCUGGGGCUGGAUCGCGAGGCCCUGUGCAAGAGCUUGCAGUCCUACGCGGACGCCUGCCAGUCGCUUGGUGUCAAGAUACCUGCGUGGAGGAACGCAACCUUCUGCCCCAUCACCUGUCCGGCCAACAGUCACUACGAGCCCUGUGCUGCAGCCUGCCCUGCCACCUGUGUUGACCCGAUGGCUCCUGCUACCUGCAGCGUGCCGUGCGUGGAGGGCUGUGUGUGCGACAGCGGGUACCUGCUCUACAACGACCGAUGCGUGCCCAGCCAGCAGUGCGGGUGCUGGCACAACGGGCAGCACUACCCCGUGGGCUCGGAGUUCUGGACGGACAACACCUGCUCCUCAAAGUGCACGUGUCCCGCGCGGGGAAGCAAAGUCCAGUGCACCAGUGCCUCAUGCCCUGCGGGCCAGUACUGCGGGGUGCAGGAUGGGAAACCCGAGUGCCUCGAACAAUCCUACGGCAUCUGCCACGUCCACGGUGACCCUCACUACAACACCUUUGACAAGGUGACGCACCACUUCAUGGGCACCUGCACCUACACCCUGGCCAAAGUGUGCUCCAACACCACCUCCCUGCCCUACUUCAACGUUGAGGCCAAGAACGAGCAUCGUGGGAACACCAGAGUGUCGUAUGUGCGCGAAGUCCUGGUGGAGGUGUACGGAGCGCGCAUUGUCAUUGUCAAGAAGGAGAAGAGCCAAGUGCUGGUGAACAAUCUGCGCAAGACCUUGCCGGUGAGUGCAGCGGGAGGUGCCAUCACGGUGAGCAGGAGCGGCCGCUACAUCGUCCUGGAGACAGACUUCAACCUCAGAGUGUCCUACGACACUGACCACUCGGUGGAGGUGAAGGUGCCCACCACCUACGUCAACCUGACCUGUGGCAUGUGCGGGAACUUCAACAGCCGGAGAGAGGACGAUUACAUGAUGCCCAACGGGCUGCAAGCCGCCGACCCCAAAUACCCAACCUGCGAUGUGACUCCGACACCACCAGACACCACCACCACCACCACCAAACCUUCAACAGGGCAUCCCACGCCACCACCCGUGCCAGACUCAGGCGAUGUGACUCCGACACCACCAGACACCACCACCACCACCACCAAACCUUCAACAGGGCAUCCCACGCCACCACCCGUGCCAGACUCAGGGACCUGUGUGGUGGAGGGAGACCCUCACUACCACACGUUCGACAAGCAGCUACACCACUUCAUGGGCACCUGCACCUACACCCUCUCCAAGCUGUGCGAGAGCAACAGCUCGCUGCCCUACUUCAACGUGGAAGCGGCCAAUGAGCACAGGGGAAGCAACACGCGCGUGUCCUAUGUCCGAUACGUGGAUGUCGACGUGGCUGGCCAGCGGAUAAGGCUGGGGAAGGGUGGAGCAGUGACGGUCAACGGAGUGGCAGAGCUCCUGCCCUGCACCCCAUCCGUGGGCGUGCAGGUCUCAUCCAGCGGGUUCUACACUGUGGUCACGACAGACUUUGGCUUGAGAGUGAAGUUUGAUGGGAAGCAUCGGGUGGAGGUGACGCUUCCGAGCACCUUUGGGCAGAAGGUUUGUGGCAUGUGUGGGAACUACAACGGGAUGGCAGCAGAUGACUUCCUGAACCCGGAAGGGGUGAUGGAGCCAGACUCCACCAGCCUGGGCAACAGCUGGCAGGUGUCCAACGACAGCAGCUGCGCAGCCGGACCGCUCCCCACCCCAGCCUGCAAUGAGACGGACAAGCAAGUCAUUGCCAGCAGCCACUUCUGCGGGCUCCUCACUGACACCAGCGGCCCGUUUCAGAUGUGCCACGCUGUGGUGAGCCCCAGCGAUUACUUUAACACCUGCCUUUAUGACCUGUGUGAGCUGGGGCUGGAUCGCGAGGCCCUGUGCAAGAGCUUGCAGUCCUACGCGGACGCCUGCCAGUCGCUUGGUGUCAAGAUACCUGCGUGGAGGAACGCAACCUUCUGCCCCAUCACCUGUCCGGCCAACAGUCACUACGAGCCCUGUGCUGCAGCCUGCCCUGCCACCUGUGUUGACCCGAUGGCUCCUGCUACCUGCAGCGUGCCGUGCGUGGAGGGCUGUGUGUGCGACAGCGGGUACCUGCUCUACAACGACCGAUGCGUGCCCAGCCAGCAGUGCGGGUGCUGGCACAACGGGCAGCACUACCCCGUGGGCUCGGAGUUCUGGACGGACAACACCUGCUCCUCAAAGUGCACGUGUCCCGCGCGGGGAAGCAAAGUCCAGUGCACCAGUGCCUCAUGCCCUGCGGGCCAGUACUGCGGGGUGCAGGAUGGGAAACCCGAGUGCCUCGAACAAUCCUACGGCAUCUGCCACGUCCACGGUGACCCUCACUACAACACCUUUGACAAGGUGACGCACCACUUCAUGGGCACCUGCACCUACACCCUGGCCAAAGUGUGCUCCAACACCACCUCCCUGCCCUACUUCAACGUUGAGGCCAAGAACGAGCAUCGUGGGAACACCAGAGUGUCGUAUGUGCGCGAAGUCCUGGUGGAGGUGUACGGAGCGCGCAUUGUCAUUGUCAAGAAGGAGAAGAGCCAAGUGCUGGUGAACAAUCUGCGCAAGACCUUGCCGGUGAGUGCAGCGGGAGGUGCCAUCACGGUGAGCAGGAGCGGCCGCUACAUCGUCCUGGAGACAGACUUCAACCUCAGAGUGUCCUACGACACUGACCACUCGGUGGAGGUGAAGGUGCCCACCACCUACGUCAACCUGACCUGUGGCAUGUGCGGGAACUUCAACAGCCGGAGAGAGGACGAUUACAUGAUGCCCAACGGGCUGCAAGCCGCAGACUCCAAUGAGCUGGGGCAGAGCUGGCAGGUCCCAGACGACGACCCCUCUUGCGGUGUCCCCUUCCCCCCCGGACCCUGCAGUGCAGAAGAGGAGAAGCUCUACCGAUCGGACCAGUUCUGUGGCAUGCUGACUGCCGGGCCUGGCUCUUUUGAGAGGUGCCACGGCGUGAUCAACCCCCAGAGCUACUUUGAGACCUGCUUCUAUGACCUUUGUGCCCUGAAUGGUGGCCAGGAGGUCCUGUGUGCUGCUCUGGAGGCCUACGCUGACGCAUGCCAGGCAGCCGGCGUGACUCUUCUUCCCUGGAGGAAUGCCACCUUCUGCCCCCUGCCGUGCCCCGCCAACAGCUACUAUGACCCUUGCAUGACCGGCUGUCCUGCCACCUGCGUUGACCGACAAGCCCCGCAGAACUGCUCCAAGCCCUGCGUGGAGGGCUGUGCGUGUACCUCUGGCUUCCUCCUCAGCGGAGACACCUGUGUGCCCGAGGCCCACUGCGGCUGCCUCUUUGAGGGCAACUACUACAGCGAAGGCGAGCACUCCGUGAACGAGAACUGCACUCGCCAGUGCCGGUGUGAAGGCAACGGCCAGAUGGUUUGCUCUGCGUUGUCCUGUGGUGAGGACGAGGUCUGCAAGAUCCAGAACGGCCAGAGGGACUGUUACCCAGCCAGCACUGCUCUCUGCCACAUCUACGGCGACCCGCAUUACAGCACCUUCGAUGGGAAGCUUCACCACUUCCAGGGCUCCUGCAACUACACGGUGGUGACGGGCUGUGAGAACUCCUCCGUGGGGUUCAGUGUCACCACCCGCAACGAACAUCGCGGCAGCCAGAAGUGGACAGCUCUGAACUCUGUGGCACUGUCUGUGGAAGGCCUCCACAUUGCACUGCGCAAGAACAAGGCGGUCUACGUCAACGGUGCUCUGGCCUCCCUGCCUGCUUCUCCUGCCCCCGGUGUGACCAUUUCCCUGAGCGGCUCCUACGUGCGGGUUUCUACCAAGCUGGGCCUGCAGCUGCAGUUCAAUGGGGACCAUGAGCUCCUAGUGAAGGUGUCUGAGAAGCACAAGGGCAAGCUGUGUGGGCUGUGCGGGACGUACACUGGGAGCCAGCAGGACGACUUCAUGCGCCCCGAUGGGGUUGUCGUGCCCAACUUCAAUGACUUUGGAGACAGCUGGAUGGUGCCGGAUGAGGAGUGGGCGUGUCACCCAGGCCCCAUCCCGCCUGCCUCCUGCUCCCCCGAGGAGGAGGAGGCAGCUAGCAAGCAGUGUGCAAUCCUCACGCAACUCGGUGGCCCGUUCCAGCCAUGCCAUGCAGUUCUGCCGCCCAAGACGUACUUUGAGAGCUGUGUCUAUGACCAGUGUGCCACGGGUGGCAGCGCGGAGCAUCUCUGCAAUGACCUGGGGGCCUAUGCUGCAGCCUGUGCUGAGGCAGGCGUUGCUCUGGGAGACUGGAGUGCUGGCACUAACUGCUCCAAGCCCUGCGUGGAGGGCUGUGCGUGUACCUCUGGCUUCCUCCUCAGCGGAGACACCUGUGUGCCCGAGGCCCACUGCGGCUGCCUCUUUGAGGGCAACUACUACAGCGAAGGCGAGCACUCCGUGAACGAGAACUGCACUCGCCAGUGCCGGUGUGAAGGCAACGGCCAGAUGGUUUGCUCUGCGUUGUCCUGUGGUGAGGACGAGGUCUGCAAGAUCCAGAACGGCCAGAGGGACUGUUACCCAGCCAGCACUGCUCUCUGCCACAUCUACGGCGACCCGCAUUACAGCACCUUCGAUGGGAAGCUUCACCACUUCCAGGGCUCCUGCAACUACACGGUGGUGACGGGCUGUGAGAACUCCUCCGUGGGGUUCAGUGUCACCACCCGCAACGAACAUCGCGGCAGCCAGAAGUGGACAGCUCUGAACUCUGUGGCACUGUCUGUGGAAGGCCUCCACAUUGCACUGCGCAAGAACAAGGCGGUCUACGUCAACGGUGCUCUGGCCUCCCUGCCUGCUUCUCCUGCCCCCGGUGUGACCAUUUCCCUGAGCGGCUCCUACGUGCGGGUUUCUACCAAGCUGGGCCUGCAGCUGCAGUUCAAUGGGGACCAUGAGCUCCUAGUGAAGGUGUCUGAGAAGCACAAGGGCAAGCUGUGUGGGCUGUGCGGGACGUACACUGGGAGCCAGCAGGACGACUUCAUGCGCCCCGAUGGGGUUGUCGUGCCCAACUUCAAUGACUUUGGAGACAGCUGGAUGGUGCCGGAUGAGGAGUGGGCGUGUCACCCAGGCCCCAUCCCGCCUGCCUCCUGCUCCCCCGAGGAGGAGGAGGCAGCUAGCAAGCAGUGUGCAAUCCUCACGCAACUCGGUGGCCCGUUCCAGCCAUGCCAUGCAGUUCUGCCGCCCAAGACGUACUUUGAGAGCUGUGUCUAUGACCAGUGUGCCACGGGUGGCAGCGCGGAGCAUCUCUGCAAUGACCUGGGGGCCUAUGCUGCAGCCUGUGCUGAGGCAGGCGUUGCUCUGGGAGACUGGAGUGCUGGCACUGUCUGUGGUAGGUGUUCUGUUGAUCUCCUUUGUGGCCCACGUUCAAGGAACGGGGCAGCUGUGGUGGAGGUUUCUCCGCGUGUCACCCAACCGCUCUGGUCCAUCGACACCAAAACCCACCAUCCCCUUGCCAAGCACUACAACACAGCCUCCACGCACGCCGUCAACACCAAGACCCACACCGAGCUCAGGUCCAUCGACACCAAAACCCACCAUCCCCUUGCCAAGCACUACAACACAGCCUCCACGCACGCCGUCAACACCAAGACCCACACCGAGCUCAGGUGUCACCCAGGCCCCAUCCCGCCUGCCUCCUGCUCCCCCGAGGAGGAGGAGGCAGCUAGCAAGCAGUGUGCAAUCCUCACGCAACUCGGUGGCCCGUUCCAGCCAUGCCAUGCAGUUCUGCCGCCCAAGACGUACUUUGAGAGCUGUGUCUAUGACCAGUGUGCCACGGGUGGCAGCGCGGAGCAUCUCUGCAAUGACCUGGGGGCCUAUGCUGCAGCCUGUGCUGAGGCAGGCGUUGCUCUGGGAGACUGGAGUGCUGGCACUGUCUGUGGUCCAUCGACACCAAAACCCACCAUCCCCUUGCCAAGCACUACAACACAGCCUCCACGCACGCCGUCAACACCAAGACCCACACCGAGCUCAGCUGCACCAACAGCCUGCAAUAUGUCCUGCACAUUUGAUGUUGACUUCUGUGAAUGGGAACAGGAAACCAGUGACAACUUUGAUUGGAUAAGGCACAAGGGGCCGACACCCACACCAAAUACCGGCCCUUCCCAUGACCACACGACCGGAGAUGGCUAUUAUAUCUACCUGCAAGGAAGUAAGCAACAGCCAAGUGAUGUAGCCCGCUUGGUCAGUCCGGUGUGCAGUUUGGAAGGACCACACUGCUUCCGCUUCUGGUAUCACAUGUACGGAGUGGCUGAAGCAAUGGCCCUGCGCGUGUAUGCAGUCCACAAUGAAACAUCAACACUGGAAUGGAAAGAUGCUGGAAGCAAAGGGGACAAAUGGAACUUGGGAGAGGUCAUGGUGCACAGCACAGGAAACACGCGGGUCCCACAGCCAACUGUCAGAGUUUUUAUACUGGCAGGCCGUGCUUUCUGCAGUGCCUCUGGAGAUCCACAUUAUAACACUUUUGACCAGAGAGUUCAUAAUUUCAUGGGAAAUUGCACUUACACCCUCUCCAAAGUGUGCAACGUCUCUGAGAGCCUUCCAUACUUUGAUGUGUCCACAACGAAUGAGCACAGAGGAGCCAACACCAAAGUCUCUUACGUGAAGUCAGUGCAGGUGGAAGUCUAUGGCAACCAGAUUUCUUUGCUGAAAAACAAGAAAGUGAAUGUCAAUGGCAGCAGAAUGAACCUGCCUGUAUUUAUUGAGAAGAAGAUCAGUAUUCAAAGCAGUGGUGGAUAUGUUGUCUUGCAAACUGACUUUGGACUGUGGGUGAGAUAUGAUGGAAAUCACUAUGCAGAAGUCUCUGUGCCCUCUAAUUACAGAGGUCUGCUCUGUGGCCUCUGUGGUAAUUAUAACAGCGAUCCAAAUGAUGACAACAUAAAGCCCAAUGGUGACAUUGCAAGUGGUUCCACUGAUCUUGGACAAAGCUGGCUUGUGCCUGAGAAUAACACCAUAUGCUCCAGUGGGACAGAAGAGCAAUGUGAUCCUGUGCUGGAGAGUGAAGCAAAGAAGAACACAGCAUGUGGCAUGAUCACAGACACAACAGGAAUCUUCAAGGAUUGUCAUACCAAAGUGCCUCCAAAGAAUUUCUUUGAAAACUGUGUUUACGACAUGUGUUUCACUGGUGGACAGGCAACAUCCUUAUGCUAUGGACUGCAGGCCUAUGCUGAGUCAUGUAUCAAUGCUGGGAUAUGCAUAGAGUGGAGGAAUGCUACACUUUGCCCCAUGUCCUGUCCUGGAGGCAGCAUCUACAAGAGCUGUGGUACUAGCUGGAUGAAAGCUGGUUCACCAGUUAUCCCUGCACUGAACGCUGCACCUGCAAGGCUAACAACACCAUUGUAUGCACAUCCUGGGAGUGUGGAGUCCGAGAGGAAUGCAGUAUUCAGGAUGGUGUGCUGGGCUGUCAUUCCAAUGAUCAUUUUUUCACCUUCAGGCCAAGCAACGUGUCAAGUGGCAGGAGAUCCCCAUUAUUUCACUUUUGAUGGAAUGAUGUACACUUUUGUGGGUACCUGCACCUACACCUUGGUUGAGGUUGUCAACAAGAACAGUGUCAUUCCCAUAACCAUCCUUGGCAAGAAUGAAGACAGAGGACUAAGAGGGGCUACAUACCUGAAAGAAGUCUACAUAGAUGUGUAUGGUGUACGAAUCACCCUUCAGAAAAGCCAAGGAAUCCUGUUGAACAACGAGAGAGUCUACACUCCAGUGGAGAACCGGUUGCGAGGCGUGUCCAUUGGAAAAGUUGGCAGAUUUAUAGUAGUGGAAACUGACUUUGGUGUGAUAGUGAAAUAUGAUGGCAAUCACCAUCUGGAAAUCACCCUCCCACAGUCUUAUUUCUCAAAGGUACAUGGCAUGUGUGGUAACUUCAAUGAUAAUCGUGAAGAUGAUCUGUCCUUGCCCAAUGGUACACUCGUCAAUGUCCCACAGUUUGGAAAUAGCUGGAAAGUGGAGGAAGACAGUGAUGAAGGUUGUUUAUCAGACUUAAGAGAAGAUGAUGUUCCUCCUUGCACUGCUGAGAAUAAACCAGUCAUUGAAAGCCAGUGCAACGUCCUAAAAUCAGACAAAUUCAAAGCAUGUCAUAAUCUAGUCAAGCCUGAAGACUUCAUACAGAUCUGCAUCUAUGACAUGUGCCAGUAUGAUGGCAUGAAGUCUGCUCUGUGCGACAUAGUUCAAGUCUAUGUGGACACCUGCAGGAAUCAUGGAAUCACCAUUGAGUGGAGGAAUAGCACAUUCUGUCCAUUGCCCUGUCCACCCCACAGCCAUUACACGGACUGUGUCUCCACCUGCCCAUCAACAUGCAAUGACAUUUUUGCCUCUUCCCUUUGCGAGAAGACAGACGAGUGCACAGAGGGCUGUGAGUGUGAUAAUAACUAUGUGCUCAGUAAUGGCAACUGUGUACCUCUGAGCAAGUGUGGCUGCAGGGAUGAUGACAACAAUUACUACAGUGCUGGGGAGACUUGGAUAACUCCACACUGCACCAAAAGAUGCCAGUGUCAGAAGAACGGUGUCAUCAAAUGUAAGAGCUAUAGCUGUGAUUCUAAAGAAACCUGCGUAAUCAAAAAUGGAAAACACAAGUGCAAUCCAACAGGUUUUGGGAAAUGCCAGGUCAUGGGUGACCCACACUACAUCACCUUUGACGGUCUGGUGCACCACUUUCAAGGGAAAUACACAUAUAUUCUGGCUCAGACCAUCCCUGACCUACCUGAUACUCUGACGCCAUUCAGCAUUGAAGGCACGAACUAUCCUUUUCAUCGAAGUCGGCAUAUUACUUACCUGAAAGAGAUUAUCAUCAAUGUUUACAAUCACACAGUGCGAUUCAGGCAAAACAAGCAGCUUGUGUUGGAUGGUGUGAGGGUGAGACCCCCUGCUCAUCCUCAUGAAGGUAUUCAUAUACAUGAGAGUAUAACAAGAAUUUACCUGAAGACAGAUUUUGGCUUAUACCUGAGCUUUGAUGGCAAUCAAAAUGCAGAUAUAAAGCUGGCCAACACCUACAGAAACAGAGUGGAAGGCUUGUGUGGUGACUUUGAUGGGAGACAUAGAAAUGACUUCACAAAGCCAGAUGGUGUUUGGGUGAAGAACGUGGAUGUAUUUGGUGACAGCUGGAAAGUUCCUCUGAAAAGAAAAACCUCUCGUCUCAGACGAGAUGUCAUCUCAAAAGCUGAGUCUGAGGAGGAACCAGAUCCAGGGCUCUUCCAAGGCUGCAAUGAAAAACAGCUGAAUAAAGAAAACAGAACUUCAAGAUGUCAAAUCCUGACUGACUCAAAUGGUCCUUUCGUAAAGUGUCAUUCUACGGUCUCACCAAAUUUCUAUUUCACGAGCUGCCUGUUUGAUAUGUGUGUGGAAGGAGAUGAGGAUGCUACCCUAUGUCGCAGUCUGCAAGAAUACGUGUUGGCUUGUCAGGAGCAAGGAGUCCGUAUGGAAGGCUGGAGGCAACAGACAGUUUGUGCUAUUUCAUGUCCUGCCAACAGCAACUACAGCUCAUGCAUGUCUGCAUGCCCGGCGUCCUGCAGCGAUUUGACCAGCCCCUCUGAGUGUGAAUUACCUUGUGUUGAAGGCUGUGAAUGUCUCCCUGGCUAUGUUCUUAGUGGUCUUGACUGCGUACCUUACAAACAAUGUGGCUGCACAUACCUUGACAGAUAUUAUGAGAUUGGAGAAAUAUUCACCACCGAUGACUGCUCUCAGAGAUGCCAGUGCACAGACAGCUCCACUGUCUCCUGCUCUAACAUAGCGUGUGGAUCUGAUGAAAUCUGUGGCAUUUCCAGCUACAGUCGUGGAUGCUACAGGAGUGGACCAUGUAUGCCAGAUCCUUGUAAGAAUGAUGGAGUUUGCUCUGAAACUACCAACAGCUCUGCUUUCCCCUUCUACUGUGAAUGUUCAGAACUGUACACAGGACCAAGCUGUGAGACUGAAAAGAUUGACCCUCCCAUAUUUGAUCCUGUGGACCAUACAAUCGCCAUCGUCAUUGGAGUUGUGGCAGGUGUAGUUGUUAUCGUCAUUCUCAUCUCCUCUGCAGUGUACCUUUACAGAAGGAAGAAAAAGAUGGAUACAGCUCCAAAUUCAAGGGAUUCUUCUUUUAAAUGGUCCAGGGAUGAACCGGAUGACAGAGUACAUGAUCAAGAUUAUGGCUGUAUCAUGAACACUGCAUUUGAUCAAAAUGAAUCCCAAAAUACUUACCUAUAG